AUGAAGAACGUUGUUGAAUUCUUAAAGGAAAGCGAGGUUCAAGGCUUCCAAUCUCACACUAUUGCAAACUUCUCCGACAAAAUUCCGUUUCAUGAUGCAAACCUUCUCAAGCCUGACUUACCCGCUUCAAGUCGGUCUGUACUUCUGCUGAAAGUAAAUUGCAACAACACUGUAAUUGCUGCUGCACACAUGGAAGGCACUGUUAUUUUGUAUAACAGUUCUAAUGCAGAGUGUAUCGGGCAAUGCGAAGGCCAUGAGAAGCCUCCUUGGACAAUUAAUUUCCACCCCUCGAUUCCUCAUCUUUUGGUCAGCGGUUGUCUUGGAGGCCGGGUGUGCUUAUGGUCAAUUGCAGAUAUUUUUUCAACAUUUUCUGGAUGUCAACGUAUCGUCAAGCCUAUUUUCAUCCAUAAUCAACUCGGCGCCAUUGCAUCCCUAACAUUCCACCCGUAUCUUUCAAUUCUUGCCGUCGCCUGGACCCAAGAAAUCGCUUUUAUUGACUACAAUAGCGGCAAUGUUCUCUCUGUCUGGCGAUUUGCAUGCGACAGUUCCAGUGUCCGAUGGUUGAAUUUUAAUCUAGAUGGAUUAAUCCUCUAUACUGGGUCUACAAACCCGCAUCCUCCUGAAAGCAAUUCCUUAUCGUUGCUUUCUGUACAGGACUCCAUGACAUCUUCCCCUCUAGACAUAAGUCCUUCAAGAAUACUUCGUGGUGAGUUGGUGCAUUUUCUUCUUGGACAAUCAGCCGAGUGGUAUGAGGAUCUUGGAAUAUGUCAGCUCUGUUCUCUGCGACUCUGCAUCUGGGCCGCUGGUUUAGCUGUUGAUUGCAAUUUUCCUCAUCACGAGCCCCCUUCCUCCGAGGCUGUUGAUCAUCUUUUGAAAGAAGUCUCCCUGAAUGUCCCCAAUGGGUCUUCAAAGGCCGAGGAGGUAAUAGCUUUGCACCACAAGGACCCAUCUCCCAGUGUUGUAGUGGUGAUUGAAGAUUUCCCUUCCAACGAGUGGCUCCGCUUCGAAGAUCUCUGGAGCUUUCGCUGUUCUACGCCGCAGCCAUUGAUGAUGUGUUGCCCUGGACAUAUUUACGACCUCUUUUUGACACACCGAGACCUUAUGCGCUACUCCCUCUGUCGUUUAUGCCUUCAAAAGUUUUGGCUGUGGGCCAACGAUAGGAAUCGUGUGGAGUGGUUCACCUGGAUCCAUUCUGAUCCAAGCCCUAAUAAAAGCUCGAGUUCUUCGCCCCAGAAAACACAAUCGAAAACCGCCCUCUCUGCGAGAGUGUGCUAUCAAUGCUAUCAAGAGUCGAGUUUGGACUCAAAACAUGCGGAUACGGACUCCGUCGAGGAAGAAUCGUCUCUAUUGUCCCUAUCAAAUCUACUUGAUAGCCGGUUGCUCACCUCCAUCAUCCAAGCCUCUGUCUCAAAUGCACAACUCAAUCUCGAUCCGACUGUCAUUUCUGAGACAGGCGGCUGCAAACGCAAACACCCAGACCACCAUAACUACGGAAACAACAACAGCAUGUUCUCUGGAGCGGAAGACUAUGCAGACCCUGAUCACUCGUCAAAGACAUCGUCAUCGAAUUUCACGAAUUCUUCGGAAAGCGACCAACUAUGGGAAAACAACACUCGUCGUUGUCGGUUGUUCAUUGCUCUGAUUCUUCUAGUCAUCUGA